AUUGCUGCUGCGCGCGCGCCAUUUCUUGUUGUUGUUGUGCCGCCGACUUGCGAGCUACCGAUUAGUAUUUAAGCCGCUACGGCGUGUGGUGCUCGAGUAAAAGUGUUUUUGUGUGUUUACAUUGGGCAGGCAGUUCCAGUUAGUUUAGCGCUGCAACAUGGAAACGGAAUCUCUCAACCGUAAGAACUCCUCGCGGAAGAGCUCCAUUGUUAACGGCAGUGGGGACAGAGGAGGGGCCAAUGGAGAUGGUGGUGGCGGAGCUGGUGGCGAUGGCGGGGGCGAGGUCACCCUCAAAGCCAAAAUGAGUUUGCUCAACGGUGUGACGGUCAUUGUCGGCUCCAUCAUUGGCUCCGGCAUUUUCGUCUCACCCACGGGGGUGCUCAUGUACACGGGCAGCGUCAAUCUGGCUCUGAUUGUGUGGGUGAUUUCCGGUCUCUUCUCAAUGGUGGGCGCCUACUGCUACGCUGAGCUGGGAACCAUGAUCACCAAAUCGGGUGCGGACUAUGCCUACAUUAUGGAGACUUUUGGCCCGUUUAUGGCCUUCAUACGCCUGUGGAUUGAAUGCAUGAUAGUGCGUCCAUGCUCGCAGGCCAUCGUGGCUCUGACGUUCAGUACCUAUGUGUUGAAGCCCUUCUUCCCCGAAUGCACGCCUCCCGAAGACGCCUCUCGCCUCCUGGCCGUUUGCUGUAUAUUGGUCCUUACGCUCAUCAACUGCUGGGACGUUAAAUGGGCCACCGCUGUGCAGGAUAUCUUCACUUAUGCGAAACUGCUGGCCUUGUUCAUCAUUAUAGCGACGGGCAUGUAUCAGUUGUAUAUGGGAAAUGUGCAGUAUUUCACAUUUGAUAAUACGGAUACGCGCGUGACGUCACUGGCCCUCUCCUUCUACUCGGGCCUGUUCGCCUACAACGGCUGGAAUUACUUGAACUUCAUCAUCGAGGAGCUGAAGGACCCCGUCAAGAAUCUGCCGCGCGCCAUCGCCAUAUCCUGCACGCUGGUCACCAUUGUCUACGUCAUGGCCAAUGUGUCCUUCUACACCAUCCUCUCGCCCGACGAGGUGCUCGGCUCCUCGGCAGUGGCGGUCACUUAUGCGGAGCGAGCCUUUGGCAUGUUUGCAUGGACCAUACCAGUUUUUGUCGCGCUUUCCACCUUCGGCGCUGUCAACGGAAUUCUGCUGACCUCGUCGCGUCUCUUCUAUGCGGGCGCCAAUGAGGGCCAGAUGCCCGAGAUAUUGACGAUGAUACAAAUACAACGCUUCACGCCCACCCCCGCUGUGCUGGCCAUGGCAUUGCUCUCCAUGCUGUAUCUGACGGUUUCCGACAUAUUCGCGCUCAUCAACUACGUGGGCUUCGCCACCUGGCUGAGUAUUGGCGUUGCCGUGCUGUGUCUGCCCUGGCUGCGUUGGGCCCAGCCGAACCUGCCACGACCCAUCCGCGUACCCUUGGUCUUUCCGAUUGUGUAUCUGAUUGCGACGAUGUUCGUGACGGUUGUGCCGAUGUAUGCGAGUCCGGUGGAGACGGGCUACGGCAUUCUCAUGAUUCUGUCCAGCAUACCCGUCUACCUGGUCUUCAUUGCCUGGAAGAGGAAGCCCAUCUGGUUCCAGAAAAUGAUGGGCGGACUCACACAAGCACUCCAAAAACUGAUGAUGGUUGUGCGUCCCAAGGCGGCGUCAAAGUAAGCCUCACACACUACCUUCAGAAAAUGCUCAUGGUACUCGGCAAGCAAACGAAACCAGCUCAGGUGUAAAUUAGCGCAUGUUCUUCUGAUAACUUGGCCGAUAUAUGAUGGAGAGGGGGCGUUGGAGUUGGAGUUGGAAAGCAUUUAUGUCAUAAGUAAUGGUGUUACAAACUGAACGCUUUCGUCUGGCUACAGAAUAUUAUAUAUUAAGUCACAUACUCGUACAUACUUAUACGACGAAUUCCAUGGGCUGCUCAUAUAUCGCCAACCUAGCAAUAUACAAUAUUAUACUAUGUAUGUAUAGAUAUAUUUUUAUAUAUGUUUUAAGUUCUUGAAUAGGGCCCAGUGCGUAGAAUUACUCGAUGUCACAACUACAGGGCUUUUGGAUUUUGGACUGCAGGACGAAUAGAAACAAAAGAAACGCCCAAGGCUUGUGUCCAUAGCUUGUUGUUACUUCAAGUUCUUUCGAUAUUGACUAUGCUAUAGACGAGUUCGAGUCCAGAUUGUACGCAUAAGUUUCAAAUUGAGUUGAGUUCGAUUCAUUUCAGAAUUUCAUUUCAUUUAUUUUCUAAACAUUCUCAGUGUAGGUGCGAGAAUUACAAAUAUCGUACAAUGCUAGUUAUAACACAUUUUAAUUGCGAAAAUAUUAUAUACGUAUAUCUAUAGCUAUCGCUAUAUAAAGCGACAAAUUGACGUUUGUUUCUGCCGAUUAUUGUUAUAAUACUCUCCAUAAAAUGAAAUGAUAUUACAUAAUUGUUGUAACAUGAUAAAUCCAAUACAUAGACGAGCAACUAGAAGAAUUCUACAGAGACCAGAGCUUCAGAACUCCUUCCCACUUACACUGAUCCAUUUCGAUUGAAGGGGUAUCAUCUGACUCUGAUUACUACAACUAUAAACUUAUAAUCAUGUGAACUGCCACUAGCCAACAAUCUAUAAACCUCCCGAAAAUAUAUCAGAAUACAUUUUGGCCAACCGCACAUAUCCAAAGAGAAGAAACGAGAAUAGAAACCAAGAUGAUUAAUGUUGCCUAUAUACUCGUUAUUACAGAGUGUCUAAUUGUGUUUUUGUGUGCAUUGAUUGUUCAAUUGUUGCUUUGGAUGUUUUACGUAUGCAUUAAGAGAUACAGAUAUACUAUACAUAUGUGUUACCAGAUACUAUUCUAUUUACUUACUCGUAGCAUUGAAGUAACUGUUGGAAGCUGUUGCAAGCGAGCUUGGGAGCAUGCUCUUAACUAUUACUCGUAUUACGGGUACAUCGUACUAAGUAUAUGUAUAUGUAUGUAUGUUGACGUUGACAAUAAUAUUGAAUGUAUUUAUAUAUGUACCUAUUGUAUUUAAAUGUAUACCUAUAUGCGAUAUGAUCUACAAGUAUAAAUUGU